ACAGCAAGCAACUUAGAAACAAAUCUAGAGCAUGGCAUCCGCAGUGGAAGGCGAAUCCGUGGGCAUCGACCUGGGCACUACUUACUCCUGCGUAGGAGUCUGGCAGAACGACCGCGUGGAAAUUAUCGGCAAGGAGGUGAAAAACGCCGUCAUUACCGUCCCCGCCUACUUCAACGACUCGCAGCGACAGGCAACCAAGGACGCCGGCGCGAUUGCCGGACUGAACGUGCUCCGCAUCAUCAAUGAGCCCACCGCCGCCGCCAUCGCCUAUGGCCUGGACAAGAAGGGCGCGGAGAAGACGGUCCUCAUUUUCGACUUGGGAGGAGGCACCUUCGACGUGUCCCUCCUGACGAUCGAGGAGGGCAUCUUCGAGGUGAAGGCCACGGCGGGCGACACGCACCUGGGUGGGGAGGACUUCGACAACCGGAUGGUGGAGUACUGCACGGCUGAGUUCAAGAAGAAGCACCGAAAGGACAUCACCAGCAACCAGCGCGCCCUCCGCCGUCUGCGCACGGCCUGCGAACGCGCCAAGCGCACCCUGUCCUCCUCCACCCAGGCGCACAUCGAGAUUGACUCUUUGUUCGAGGGCAUCGACUUCAACACCACUAUCACGCGGGCUCGCUUCGAGGAUCUGAACAUGGACUACUUCCGGAAGUGCAUGGAACCCGUGGAAAAGGUUUUGCGCGACGCCAAGAUCGCCAAAAGCCAGGUGGACGAGGUGGUGCUGGUGGGCGGGUCCACGCGCAUCCCCAAGGUGCAGACGAUGCUCAUCGACUUCUUCAACGGGAAGGAGCCCUGCAAGAGCAUCAAUCCCGACGAGGCCGUCGCCUACGGGGCCACGGUGCAGGCGGCCAUCCUGUCGGGGCACAACAAGAGCGAGAAGCUCUCGGACCUCUUGCUCCUGGACGUGACCCCCCUCUCCCUCGGACUGGAGACGGCGGGCGGCGUCAUGACCACGCUCAUCAAGCGCAACACCACCGUGCCCGCCAAGAAGAGCCAGACCUUCUCCACCUACGCGGACAACCAGCCCGGUGUGCUCAUCCAGGUGUACGAGGGUGAGCGCGCCAUGACCAAGGACAACAACCUGCUGGGCAAGUUUAACCUGGACGGGAUCCCCCCCAUGCCCCGCGGGCAGCCCCAGAUCGACGUGACUUUCGAUAUCGACGCCAACGGCAUUUUGAACGUGCACGCGGUGGAGAAGGGAACGGGGAAGGAGAACAAGAUCACCAUCACCAACGACAAGGGGCGUCUCUCGGCGGACGAGAUCGAGCGCAUGGUCCAAGAGGCGGAGCGUUACAAGCACGAGGACGAGGUGAACCGGACCCGGAUCGAGGCCAAGAACGGUCUGGAGAACUACGCCUUCUCCAUCCGCAACACCAUCAGCGAACCCCAGAUGGCGGAGAAGAUGUCAGCCUCAGACAAGGAGACCGUAGAGGUGAGCGCCCAGGGACCGCGGAGAGCACGGGAGGAGGCAUGUGCCGAGUGA